GGUGUCCCCUCCUCCCGGUGUGUGUGCCUCCUCCUCCUCCCUCCUCCUCCCUCCUCCUCCCUCCCUCCGCCGCUCGGUGUCCUCUCGGUGUCUGGGUGCGUAUAUAAGCUCCAGGUGAGGGGGGAUGUCCGCCCGCUGAGCUCCGGGUGGAAGAUGCUGCUGCUCGGUCUGACGCUGCUGCUGACGGCCGCCGCCGCCGCCGACCUACCGGACACCGGCGCUCCGCCGCUCCUCGGGCCGGGACUUGGCUUCUCUCCGUCGGUCUCCGCCUCUGCCUCCGCCCCGCCGCUCCUCCUCCUCCCGCAGCCCCGGCCGGAGUAUGGGGCUCCCGGUGUAGCCUUGGCCCGGUCCGCGGCGGAGGAGCCGGCUGUCCCCGCAGAGGAAGAAGAGGGUCCGCAUCAUCAUCACGGCGGCGGGUACCGGGUGGUCCAGUGGGAGUGGAGCUACGUCCAGACCCCCUACAUCAUCGCCAUCUGGCUGCUGGUCGCCAGCGUGGCCAAGAUCCUGUUCCACUUCUCCCAGCGGUUCACCACUGUGGUCCCAGAGAGCUGCAUGCUGAUCCUGCUGGGUCUGGUUCUGGGCGGGGUCGUCCUCAUAGCCAAUAAGAAGCAGCUGUACCAGCUGGAGCCCGCCCUCUUCUUCCUCUUCCUGUUGCCCACCAUCGUGGGCGACGCAGGGUACUUCAUGCCGGCCCGCCUCUUCUUCGACAACCUGGGAGCCAUCCUGACGUACGCGGUGGUGGGGACGCUGUGGAACGCCUUCUGCACCGGCUUCUGCCUGUACGCCGCCAAACUGCUGGGGGUCAUAGACGAGCGCGUGCAGGCCGACCUGAUGGACUUCUUGUUGUUCGGAGCUUUGAUCUCGGCCGUCGACCCAGUGGCGGUGCUGGCUGUGUUUGAGGAGGUUCACGUCAACGACACGCUCUUCAUCAUCGUGUUCGGAGAGUCGCUGGUUAACGACGCCGUCACCGUGGUUCUCUAUAAAGUCUACAUCUCCUUUGUGGAAGUGGGAGUGGAGAACGUUCAGACAGCUGAUUACUUCAAAGGAGUCGCCUCCUUCCUCAUCGUCAGUAUCGGGGGGACUCUGGUGGGUCUGGUGUUCGCCGUCAUCCUUGGCUUCAUCACUCGCUUCACCAAGAAGGUCCGCAUCAUCGAGCCGCUCUUCGUCUUCCUGAUGGUCUACCUGGCUUACCUGACCGCCGAGCUCUUCUCCCUGUCCGCCAUUCUGUCAAUGACCUUCUGUGGUAUCGGUGCCAAUAAAUACGUUGAAGCCAACAUUUCCCAGAAGUCUCGGACCACGGUGAAGUACACGAUGAAGACUCUGGCCAGCAUUGCAGAGACCAUCAUCUUCAUCUUCCUCGGGAUCUCAGCUGUGGACAAGUCCAAGUGGGCCUGGGACACCGGCCUGGUGUCCUGCACGCUCGUCUUCAUCUUCGUCUUCAGGGCGGCGGGUGUGAUUGGUCAGACCUGGGUUCUGAACCGCUUCCGCCUCGUCCCAUUGGACAAGAUUGACCAGGUGGUGAUGUCAUACGGCGGCCUGCGAGGGGCAGUGGCGUUCGCUCUGGUGGUGCUGCUGGACGGAGAGCAGGUCAAAGCUAAGGAUUACUUUGUCGCCACGACGAUAGUGGUCGUCUUCUUCACUGUCAUGUUCCAGGGUCUGACCAUCAAACCUCUGGUAGACUGGCUCAAAGUUCCUCGAUCCACCAGCAGGAAGCCGACUAUCAACGAGGAGAUCCACGAGAGGGCCUUUGACCACAUCCUGACAGCAGUGGAGGACAUUGCAGGACUGCAGGGAUACCACCACUGGAGAGACAAGUGGGAGCAGUUUGAUAAGAACUACCUGAGUAAACUGCUGUUGAGGAAGUCAGUGUACAGGAAGAGUGAACUGUGGGAAGCCUAUCAGAAGAUCAAUAUCAGGGAUGCCAUCAGUGUGAUCGACCAGGGCGGGAACGUGCUGACCUCAGCCAGACUGUCUCUGCCCUCGAUGGCCAGCAGAGCCUCGUUCCCAGAAGUCACCAAUGUCACCAACUACCUGCGUGAGAACGGCAGCGGUGUGUGUCUGGACCUCCAGGUGAUCGAUAACGUCCCCGGAGCCAAAGUGGAGGAGGACACGGAGACGCACCACGUCCUCGCAGAGAACCUGUAUAAACCCCGGAGACGGUAUCAGUCCCACUACAGCCGUCACUUCAUGCCUCUGGGGGAGAAGGAGCGCCAGGACCGGGAGGUGUUUCAGAGGAACAUGAAGAGCCGGAUGGAGACGUUUAAAUCCACCCGACACAAACGGCACAAGAAGGAGCGCAGCCUGAAGAAGCGGCGAGGAUCUGAUGCCAAGGAGGAUGGCAGCGACAAACCCAGACGCAACGUCAGCUGGCAGGACAAAAAUCCUGUGGUUGUUCCUGUGGAGUCAGAGGAGGAGAAAGGUGAACAUUCAGACCCUGAGAAGGAGGAAGAUGUCGGGAUCACCUUCGUAGCGCGUAAAGCAGAGACGCCGAAACAACGACCCAAAUCAGUCCCAGCAGCUCUGGACGGGAGUCCCUUAGCCAGCCCCUCCUCCCCCCCCAGUGGGGACAGCCACCUCCCAUGGAAGGGCAGCGUGGGUUCUCCUCCCCCCUGUGUGUCUGUGGAGGCCAACAAGAUCAUCCCUGUGGACCUCCAGCAGGCCUGGAACCAGAGCAUCUCCUCCCUGGAGAGCAUCUCCUCCCCGCCCGUCCCCGCCGAGCCCGUCCACCCCCGCGUCAGCGCCCUCUCCAGAUUGGGAGGACCCCGGCCGGCCUCCUACACCCCACCGGGCAGUACGGCCGGCAGCACCUCCUCCAUCGGGGCUCAGGUGUUGCAGGGUCCCUUCUGCUUCCCGGAGAGGAAUAAGAAGGAGGAGGAAGAGGAGGAGGAAGAGGGGGGAGCAGUGCAGGAGAUGCAGCCACUCAUGUCAUCUCUGAGGCCCCCCGGCUCCCUCAUGCCGCCUCCGGCCCCACCGCCGCCCGGCUCCGCCCCGGGUCAGGCAGGAGGAGGGAACCCCUGCGUCUACCUGCGGAGCCUGGUGAUGGCGCCUUCUCCUGGCAGCGGGGAGCCACACAGCCGAGGCCCCACCCAGCUGUAGACCCCAGAUCAGUCCCGUCCCCUCAGAGCGGAGCGGGAACUUCUCUCAGCCAAUCAGCAGCUUCAGCACUCACACACACACCGUCCAAUAGGAACGCAGCUCACGGUCUUACAUUGUCUCUGUAUCACAGCUGUCCAUCCGUCCACAUAAUCCUGCAACUAAUCAUUAUUUUCAUUAUUGAUUAAUCUGUCAAUCAUUUUCUCCAUUAAUCAAUGAGUUCUUUAGUCCAGAAAAUGUCAGGAAGGACAACAGAAACCAGAAAUAUUCACAUUGAGAAGCUGAAAUAUUUUUUUAUUAAUUAAUUAAAUUUAGGAGCAGUAGUCAUUACUCAUUUUAAUCAGGUUGACCUACCAGGAAAGAAAAAGCCCAACACUCAAUGUCCUCAGUUUAUCCAGCAGGUGUUCAAAGUUGCACAAUUCAGCCAAAUUUUGGGGGGAAUGUUAUUCUGGUACGUCAAACCCUUCGUGGGGCAGCUGAAACUACCGAGCAGUCUGCUGUUGGGUGGGGGGGUCUCUGAUUUUGGCCAGUUAAUGUUGUAUCCAGAAGAUUUUGAGAAACUAUCUAGAGAAAGGACGCAGACAAACAGGAGGAUGUCAUCAGCAAAAAUAAAGACCCACAACGAUUAAUAAAUAAAUGAUAAAAAAUAAAAAUAGCUGGUGAUUAAUUUAAAGUUGACAACUAAUCGAUUAAUCAACUAAUCACUUUUCUGACUCUUAUGUCAAAAGUUUCUUCUGUCUGUCAGUCUGGUGUUAUUCUGUGUUUUCCUUCACGUUCAGACUCAAACCAACAACCUGUCUAUCAGAUAUAUUCUGUUGGUUUCAGUUCUGUUGGCUGUUGAUGAGACAGUGACCAGUGACUCACAGUUUCACAUCAACAGUGAGCUCCACACUGAAAUAAUUCACCCAGUCAUGGCUCAACACUGCUCUCCUCUUUAGGUCUUUAUAGGAAAUGAACUGCAGUAUUGAUCAGUUCUCCAAUAAAUGCUAUGUAAUCAAUCAUAAAGGUCCUGCAGGAGGUGGAUGGAUUGUCUUAAACCAGAGAUAUUCUCGUUGUUAACCCUUCUAAGUCCCUACAUCUUUCCUGGCUAAUCUACAUCAAUCGUUAGCUAGCUGGCUAAUUAGCCUGUGUUCUGCUAAUAUCGCUAUCAGAUAUAACUUGCUAACCAGCAAUUAAUGUAGAUUAGCUAACAUGCUAGCUAACCAUUAAUGUAGCCUAGCUAACUAGCUAAGCAUUAGCAUUUUGCUAAUAUUAGCUAUUUUAAGAUGUGACUAUAUAUAUGUCUCUUUUAUCUUUGAACCAUCUUCAAAAUGUGGUUGUCUUUUCAACAUAGUCUAGCAUAUAGCAUAUCUAAGCACAGGAAAGGAGGAAGUUGGCCGAGGGUUGCUCAAUUGUUAUUGGAGCACAAAGAAAAAGGGGCGGGGCUUAGGAAGGGUCAGAGGACAUGCACAACCAUUGGUCCAAACGCAGGAUACACGAAGCAGCCAUUAAGUAUGCUAGUGCGUGGUUAAAAGCGUCUCCGGCCUUAAAGGAUCAUUCUGGUUUAUCACAACUUUAACUGUAUUUUUGUAGUUUUUUGUACUCACAAAGUAGAACGUUAUAAUCUUAGCAGGUAAUUAAUGAGUACAGUAUUGUCACAGCUGACUAAAGUGACGGACAUGUGAUAAAAUGGUCCUUUAAUGGAGGCUGAAACCUGCUGUCUGACCACAGCUCAUAGAAGCUUUUAAAGCCUUAUUUCUCUGUCUGUACACACACUGUCAACAUGUAUAUUGAUUCUGUCAAAGCUGCUCAUAUAAAGUCUAAAAAUGUAUUUUGUAAAGCUGCAAAUAUAUGAAAUCUACAGAGUUAGUUUAUUUUGAAUGACCAAAGUGUGUAAAAAGAGCAUAAAGAACAUUUCUACAGUGUGUAUAACUGCCUUACAGUGUAGCUGAGUCAGUGUUCGACCAUCAGGUUCAAUGUUCCACCAGCAGCGUCUCUGUGAUCGUCUUUACUUUGCAGUCUGUUGUGUCGCUUGUUUUGCCAAAGAAUGUGUUUGCCUUAAUGUCAGAGCUGCUUCAGUCUGAUUACAGUCCGACAGCCGCUGCAGCAGCUUGACUCUGACACUGCCGCUGACACCCAGUCGCUCAACCAGGACACACUUACAGCGGACGGUUAGAGCCACAUGGCAAACAUUUAUCUGAGUUUAAAGUAAAAAAAUGUGGUCAUAUCUUCUUCUGUACACUCCAGCAAUACGUUUGCAAGAGAGUGUUUUGGAAAUGUUGACAUGCCAAAUGACCUCUUUCACAGCAGUAUUAUUAAAGCACCUCAUGGCUGUAUAUAUGAUUAUAUGAAGGAUGGCAGCCUUGUUCUUGCUCUCGUAGAGAACUACUGUGCCCUUAUUAUGGGAGGGAAAUGGGUUUAAUGUUGCUGUACACGUUACCUAUAUGGAGAUAUAUAGAUAUAUAUAUUAGUGCCAGCUCAGAGCUAUCAGAGCUUCUGGAAUAAUACAAUGUAGUCGUAAUUAAAAUUUGGAUGAAAAAUGAUAAUUAUAAAAAAGUUCCAUAUGAGGUGAAAGCACCCACCAACGAAGAAGUAAUUCCCUGUGUGAACACAUGAAGUGAUAAAGUGAAGAAUGAUGCAGAAUAUGGAGGAUGAAGUGGUGAAUGUGACUCUGCUGCAGCGGCCUGUUGGUGGCUGUUGAUGGCGUCUUAUCGUUGCCUCAUUGUACAGCAGUGAGAACAAACCUUUAUACUGUACAGAUACUUGAACCAGAGAGGUGUUAGCAGUGUGGAUACUUUAAUCACGCUUUAUUUGAACACAACAAUGUGUCGCACAGCAUCACAGCCGUCUGUCUCAUCUGUGAUUCAGGUCGUCGUGUGGAAAAUCGAAUGAAAUAAAAUCUGUCUUUGUGCCAAAUGUUUGUUAGCUUCUGUCCACAGAACUCAAAGCCAAUAAAUGUGAGGUGUGUUUUUCUGAAUGAA